CAAUCUCAUCGAAUUUUAGAUUUUAAUGAAAACCCUAGUCAAUUAAUAAAUUCAUCAAAAAUGGAAUCAAAGAAAAAAACAAAUAGAGGUAGACGUGGAUCUAAACGAAAUAGCGAAUUUAGAGGAGAAAAACCUAAAGAUACUUAUAUUGAAUUAAUUGGGGAGGCUAUUGAAAAAAAGGAUUCUAAACGUUCAACUUUGGAGGAAAUUGUUAGUUUUAAAUUCUUUUUAAAUUCCAUUAUUUUAAAUACAUAUAGUAAUACAUAUUUAAUUAAUUUCUCUUUAUUUAAAUUUUGUGAAUAA